AUGACAGCGACUGUUUUGCAAGCAACAUCGAUAUCGUUAUUUAUUAUUUCAAGUAUUAUGGGCAGUAUGGCCAUAUGUUACAUUAUCUAUAAAGAUAAAGCAUUACAUAAUGUUACUGGAGCAUUAGUAGCUAACUUAAUGAUGUCAGAUUUUUGCGUGGCAGUACUCAACAUGCCUGCUGCUUUAAUAUCUUGUAUCAUUGGUCGUGGUAUUGAAAAUAAUACAUUAUGCCAAUUGGCUGGCGUUUCUAAUUCAUUAUUCCGUUAUGCUUCUAUAUUAACUUUGGCAGCCAUUAGUGUUGAUCGUUACAUUGCUGUUGUACGUCCAUUAAAAUAUUUUUUGAUUAUGACUUGUCGUCGAUGUUUUAUAAUUAUUAGCGCAAUUUGGCUACAAGCGAUUACAUGCUCUCUAUUACCACUGAUGGGUUGGGGCCGAUAUAUUUAUAAACCGGAGGAGUUUAUUUGUCGUCCAAGUUUCUUAUGGCCCAGUGAAGAUCGUGGUUUUACUUUAGUUAUUUUAAUAACGUGUUUUCUAAUACCUUUUGCAAUUAUUAUA